ACUACUUAGUAAGAGGCGUCAGGCGAUUAUUAUAUAUAGGGCUACUGUACACUGAAGUGAAUAACACUGCUCAUAGUUGUUAAACAGAUAUGAGUCCAAUAGAGUCUGAUUAUAUCAACAAACGUAAUGAAGUUAUCAGGAUCAUUGAAAAAUACUCAAGUGUGGAUGAUUGGAGUGUUUUGAAACAAGACCAAUCGCAUACGAUCGUUUAUAGUAGAAAGUCAUCAGAAUGGAAUGGAACAAUAUUCAAAAUUGAAGGUCCAGUAAACGCUAGUCCUGAGAUUGUUAGAAGAUACGUAUGCCCAAGAAUAAAAAAUGGGCCGAGAUCAAAGUGGGACUCUGCUAUACAGAAUAUUCGCUGUAUCCAAACGGUCAAUGACGCGACCGAUAUAUUAAAUUUCUCAACUCCUAGUCACGCAGGAGGUUUGAUAGCCGAAAGAGAUUUUGUAGAACUAGUCUUUCAUCACAGCUCUGACACCUAUGCAGCGACAAUGAGUGUAUCAGUUGAACACGAUGAUUGUCCAGCCAAGCAUAAAAUAGUACGGGCCCAGAAUUUCCCAUCUGCUAUGGUUUGUUACAGAAAUCCAUCGGAUCCACUUAAAACGAAGUUGACAAUGUACGUUCAAACCAAUCCUCGUGGUUCAUUUUUAAUAAGAGUAUUAUCUGAAAAAGCCAUACCGUCUAUUAUGUGCAAAUUCAUGGAAGAAUUAAGAGAUGCCAUCACUAAUGACUUCAAACUUAUCGAAUCACCUGCAGAAAUAAAAGGUACUACUAACGAUAUUGAAAUUGGUGAAGAUGCUUCGACUAUAAAGCCAUGAAUUGACUGUUAAUAAUUGUUAAAUGACGAAUUAACAAUAAUAAUAUUAAUAAUUAUUAUUAUUCGAAUGACAAAUAAUAGAUCUUAUAUUACUGUUAAGAUCUUUCACCCAACCAAACCUUAAAGAAUGCUGCUCUUGUGGAUGCCAUAUCGUAAGAAGUAUUAGUUAUUAAUUAUUAUUUUUCAUUUUUUUUUGGGGGGACGGAGGGAGAAUUAUUCAAAUAAAUGAAAUAUUAAAUACAAAAAAUUGAACACAUGUUAAAACCUUUCGUUAUUGUCUACUCAUACCGACGUCUCUCUCUUCAUUUACAUUCAAUUGUAUCCAUAACUACGUAGUAGUCUUUUUUUUUUAUUCGUAUUUUUUUUCUUUAGACAACCUUUCGUUAGAAAAAUAUAGUAGUCUAUAAAAAAAACAUUACCAUAGGCCUAAAUAAUCAAAUAUUAUCAGUAAAUGACGAAUUAAGUAAUUUUGGAUAAGUUUUUGCAGUGCUAAUUUUUUUCCCCUCAUUUUACGCAGUUGAAUUAUUUAAAUCCGA